AAGGAAGUGUAGUUACAGUACGCCAUCAAAGCGCAGCACGCACCAGUCAUUUCUUCCCUUCAUUCCUGUGCAGAGGAACAAAAACAUGAAAUCAGCCUGAAGACACAGUGGAUCAUUUAAUCGGGCAAAAUCUGACGCGCAGUCGAACAAGGACGGAAAGAUCGUAGACGUCAUGGGGAGCACGUAUCAAAAGGCAGAGCCUCCACACCCAUCAUCUGCACCAUUGUCGCCCUCAUACUCAUCCUCAUCCUCUUCCUCUCGUCACUAUCCUCCUCCUCCUUGUCCUUCUCCGGCAGCCUUGCCUUACAAUCCUGGGAACUGUUCCCCCGACCCUCCCCACAGCGAACAGCAGUCUGGUUCAGGUGAUAAUAGUGAUAAUCUUUUUCAAGCAUCAGGUUGGCCUCUACCAGACAAUUCAAGAACCCCAGUUCAGGAGACGACCACAAACACACCACCGGAAACGCAUGAUGGGGAGCCGGAGAGACAUAACGAUGACGAAAAGCUAAAUGAACCAGUACAGGAGAGUCAAGACAGAGAAGAGGUGGAGACCAAUGUGGGGGGGCAGGAUGAGAUGGGCUGCACGGGAGGUAAAGGAGAGCCUGACAAUACCAGCAAGUGACACGCUGGGACAAUGAUCUUCCUGCUCAGUUACUCCUGCUGUACGGUUAAUGCUGCAUCCACUGCAAACUCUACUCUGGGAGAUUUGGCAAAUUUUAACAAAAUCAUCAAUAUCACCUUUAAGGCUACUGAUAGAAGGAGAUACAAAGACAACACACACAAACAGAUAUGAAUAUCAAUAAACACUAUACUGUGAACUACGUACGAUGUACGCCCAGUCCUGACAUCUUUAAGUGUUGCUUGAUUUGUCACCUUUGCUGCAUAGUAUUUUUAAAAGUCGUCUCCACCAGCACCAGUAUUUAAAGGCAUGGAUUGUUUGCAUCAUUCCUGUCAUCAGCAUGUACAACAUGAAUAAAUAUUGCAAAAAU